AUGUUGCCGGCCAAGUUUUUGGUUUUUCUGCUGUUGGCAAUUGUUUGCCACGUGGCAUUCGGAUUUGUGAGUUUGAUUUUUGACCUGGUGAUUAAUUAUUGGAAUUAAUUAAUUAGCGAAAAAGUUGUUCGCAUCUUUCUUGGACUGAAAGUUAAUUAAAAUAAUUAAUCAGAUCCCCUGAUUACUGAAUUUUGCCACGAAGAUUUUACUUUAAAAUACAAAACAUAAUUUUCGCAAUGUAAAAAAAUAAAAAAAAUAAAAUAAAAUAAAAACAUUCCACGUGUUCUAAUUUUUGGCGACCAAAAAAAUCUCAUCACAUUUUUAUUUCUUUUUUUUGCAGCACGAAGAAUGUCGCGAAACAUUGCGAGCCGGCAAAUUGACCGUCGAAAAUGUGGCACAAAAUUUGGCGGAACGCGAAAUUUUGCGAAUUUCUGGGUUGAUUGAAAGUGCAGCGAGAACAUUCAAGGAAUUUAAUGUGAGUUUAAAUGAAUCGGGUGAUUCUUGAUAUUUCUUGGUUAAAAUAAUGUUUUUUUGUAUUUUUUUAAAAUCAAAUUUCAUAUUUUUAUAUAUAUAUUUAAAUAUUACGUUAGAAAUUUCUUAAAAGUCAUGUCUUUGGGUUAUUUUUCACCAAAAAAUACAAUUCCCCACCAAAAACAUACCAUUUUCAUUUCAGCCCGAACAAAUCAGUCAUUCUCCAUUAUUUCAAUCGCUAAUCCAAAUCAAAGAUGAUCAACAACCUUGUCCGCAGCCAAAUAACACCAUGUUCACCACACCAAAACCUCCAACAACUUUGCCACCAGCUUCAACUUCAGCAGCCCCAAGUUCCGCAGCUCCAGCUCAAACAUCUUCAGCUUCACCUUCGUCUUCAGCAGCUCCAGCUCUAGAAUCUGAACCAUUUUUAGCGCCAAAAAUUCAUGCGGCAACACACGAAGAGGAUCCAUUUCAUCAAUACAUUUCUACACUUCAUGUGAGUUUUUUUCUGAAAUUUAGGGAAAUUUUUAAAAACAAUUUUCAUGAUUUCUUGAAAAUCAGAUUUUUCUAGAUGAAAAGUGAAUUGUUUUGGGUGAAAGCUGUUUUUCAAAUUAAAUUACUUACCACGUGUAUUUUCCAGUAUUAUAUGAGUCGAGAAGAGCACGUUUGCAACAAUAAAUUCACAGAUUUGAACAGUGUGACCGAAGAUCAACUUUUCGGUUUCUUCUCCACAUUGGCUGCAAAUCAACCCGGACCAUUCUGCUCAUUAUGUCAUCGAUUUACCGAAGAAGUUCAGAAUCGCGUUUUUCGACCAAAUCAAUUAUUGAUCACUGAUGAUAAUUUCCAUUUUUCGAAUUUAGUAUUUUCACAUUUACCAUCGCCAAAAGCAUUGUGUUCAACAAUUGCACCAGGUUGUCAUGAUGAUUAUGCGAUUAAAGGUGAGCGAAGAAGAGGACUAGAAAACACAGAUUGUAUUUUCGUUAUUGAAAAAUUUCCCGCAUUUUUUGAGACCUGGCACAAUUUUAGGGGUGUGACUAAACGCUAUGAAAUUCAACGCAAAAGUGAGAGAUUUGGAGAAAAAUAUUUUUGAUCUACCAGAAAUACUUUUGAAAAAUUUGAGGUCUAGCGGUUUGAGGUAGUAAAAUACACGCUAUGAAAAACCAAAAGGUUUUUUGCCAUUGAAAAUUCGAGGGGACUCAGAGAAAGCCGGCGACUAAUCGGCGACGAAUCGAGAUCAGGCGACUAAUCGUCUGCCAAUCGUAAGUUCGUCGGCGGAAAUAGUGUGUGUUUCUCGGAAACGCAGACGAAAAAGUUUCAGGCGACGAAUCGGCGACUAAUCAGAAGUUAGUCGCCGAUUAGUCGCCAGAAUCUUUUUCGUCUGCGUCUCCGGAAAUACACGCUAUUUCGAAAAUUCCACCGACGAACUUGCGACGAACUUACGAUUGGCAAGCGAUUAGUCGCCUGAUUUCUCUGAGGAAUUUGUGAUUUUUGAAGUGUAACAAAUUUUCAGAAAUUUAGGCUUCAAAAAUUCGUUUCAGAAUUUUCCUCAAAAUUGUUUAAAUUCCAGUCGCAAAUCUCACUGAAUCCGUAAUUUGCCUUGAAUGUAGUGCUUGUAUGUCAAUAACCAAUGUCAUCGUUCACAAAUUCCUUCUACAACAACAAGUCGUCGAUUCACUUUUCACAUUCCUUCGCGGAAAUCUUUUCCACAAUUUAUGCGCUGAACUUUGUAUAACUUUCCAAGGCCACGAUAUGCCACUUUUCCCGAAUGGUUUUAGUUACGAUGGUUGUCAGGCGGUGCUCAAGAAGCAAUAUUAUAGUUUUAUUAGUGUUGCGUCGGUUUUGUUGAAACCGGAAAGAUUCUGCAGUUUGGAAUUGGGAUGGUGUGAAUUGAAUGAGCAGCCGAAUGCAUUGCACUGUUUGAGGGAAAUGUGCCUCGAACGUAGGUUUUAUCCAGAAUUACGCUAAAUUCCACAAAUUGUGCAUUUCAGACUUCAAGGAUACUCCGCAGACCCGAUGGUUGUGUAGUCAAAUUCCUGAUCGACCGGAUAGUGCUGAUGAAUAUUUGAAUAUCAAGAGAUCUAAAAUCUACAAGGAGAAGAAGGAUUAUCACAAUGAUUUUGAGGUUCAUGAAGAACUGUAA